AUGUCCUCCCCGCUUGAAAUUAAUAAAAAAGAAAAAAUUAUUGGCACGAUUAGCCAAAUAUUAGGAGAGACUAAUCAGAUAGAUGUUAACCUCUUCUAUCAGGAAGUAGAGAAAAGUAUUCAGUCAGAUAUUUCGACUGGAGAAAUAUUUAAACUGGUUUUGUUAUCAGUUACCAGUUUGCUAGAAAAAGACCCGGCCUAUGAUAAAUUAGCCAUGGAAAAAGGUGUUUUGGAUAAGCGUUUACAAGAAUUUGAUUUGCCAGAACUAGCCAUCAACGAGAAAGAUAAGAACCAAAAGGCUCUUGACUUUUAUAAUCUUAUUUCUAGUUUGCGUUUUGUUCCGAGCACCCCCACUCUUUUCCAUGCCGGUUUGGACAAGGCUAAUUUACUAAAAUAUUCGGGUGGAGUGGCUACCGACUGGACUAAUUUACGGGCUCUCGGUUCAUCCAUUAAGUCAAUUGAUAGUGAAAGCACUGGUUUAAUUCCUUUUUUGAAGUUGGCAAAUGAUACCACCGGAGCCAUUAACCGUUCUGGAAGGCGACGGGGUGCCAGCGUGGCCUAUUUGGAAGACCAUGUUGGAGUAGUGCAUUGUUCUAAUCUGUGCACCGAAAUUACUCUUAAUACUUCGGAAAAGGAAACGGCGGUCUGUAAUUUGGGUUCAGUUAAUUUGGCUCGGCACAUCCGGGAAAGAGAAUUAGAUAAUAAUUUAUUGCAAGAAACGAUUAAUAUUGCGAUUCGCAUGUUAGACAAUGUGAUUGACCUCAAUUAUUAUCCAACCAAAGAGGCUGAAUAUUCUAAUUUUCAACACCGACCAAUUGGUUUAGGAAUGAUGGGCUUUCAGGAUGCUCUUUUUCAACUGAAUAUUAAUUAUGGUUCAUCAGCGACCUUGGAGUUUACUGACCAAUUAACAGAAAAGUUUUCUUAUUAUGCGAUUUCGGCUUCCUGCCAGUUAGCCCAAGAAAGAGGAUCUUAUGCUAGUUAUCAGGGUUCCAAUAAAUUAAAUUGGGAUAGUUUAAAAGAGCAGGUAAAAAAAUAUGGAAUGCGUAAUUCUAAUGCGAUGGCGAUUGCUCCCACCGCUACGAUUGCUAAUAUUGCCGGUUGUUAUCCUUGUAUUGAAGCCAUGUAUAGUAACAUUUAUGUGGAAUCAAAUGUGGCUGGAGAAUUCACGAUAGUUAAUAAAUAUUUGGUGGAGGAUUUAAAAAAACUUAACUUGUGA